AUGAUGAGUCACCGCAUGCUCAGCAAAGAAGACGAAGCCACAGUGGGCGGCGAAGAAAACGAAGUCCGGCGCGAAGACCAAGAGAAGAUCAAUCGGUUCAGCCGUCUUCAUCAGCGCGCGUCUGUGCUCGAGGAGCAACUCAAGGCGAAGCAGAAAGACAAGGAGGAUCUAGAGGAGAUCUCGACUGAGCUCGAGUUGGCGGAUGAGGAUGAAUUAGUCCCGUACAAGAUUGGCGACGCCUUCUUCCAGCUGCCUCUGGCAGACGCGCAGUCUCUUCUGGCGUCGUCGACCGAGCAGAUUGAUUUGGAGGUGUCCAGGCUGGAGGAGACUUUGGGAGAUGUACGUGAGGAGCUGCAGCAGCUCAAGGUUACUCUGUACGCGCGGUUUGGACGCAGUAUCAAUUUGGAGACGUAG